AUGGAAUCAAGGAACCAAGGAACCAAGGAUGCAAAGUGGCUCAAUGGUGUCGAAAUGGUUAAUCGUUCAGCGAUGACAAGGGUUACUUUAAGCUAUAAUAACUAUAACAACUAG